AUAAGGGAUAAGAUUUUUAGGGCCUUUUUUCUGUUUCGGCCUAAGCCCAUGAAUUCUCGGGACCGGCCCUGGGACAUGUUUUAUGUUUUUUUACUCUUUUUUUUGCUGUUUUUUUGCAGUUUUAUAUCCUGUUUUUUUAUAUGUUUUUUGAUGUUUUAUAUCCUGUUUUUUUUUGCAUUUUCUUGGAGCUAUUGGUGGUUUUAAUAAAAUUUGUUGUUUAUUGAAUUUAGGAUUUUAUAAUAUGCGUUGUUUGAAUUUGUAGAAUAGUAAUUGAUACAGAUUAAAAGAAUCUUUGUAGAAUAGUAAUUUGAAUUUGUUUGAAUAGUAAUAUGCUCAUAUUAUAGCAUGGCUAAAAAAAGAAAUCGGGAAGGUGUGCAUGCAACUAUUCUAUUAAAUAAAAUAAAAAGAAUGUUUUAAAUUGAUACAAAAAUAAUUUAUUAGAUUUACCUUAUAAAAAAUUAGCAAAAUAUUAUUUUACGUAAUUAGAAAACUAUAUAGUUUUAUGUCAAAGGUCAAUUAUGAUUUGACGGACGUCACUUUUUUUAUUAUUUAUAUUGAGAUAAAUACAACAAACUAAUAAAGUACAAAACAGGCACAGGGGUUUUUAGUAAUUUUAUUGUUUUACCUACCUUACAUUACCUAGUAAUUAUCCAAACACAAAUUUUCAAUCUAUUACCUUACUUUACCUACCUUUAAUUACCUACUUUCAAUACCUACCAUUACCUACCUAAUAAAACUUUACCUCCCUCAAUCCAAACAUAGCCUUAGGCUUAGGGGGUUCAUGUCUGCUUUGGUACAGCCCUAGGGGUGGGUCUAUGCUAGGGGGUUCACGCUGCCAAUAAGCUAGAAGGGAGGGGGAAGGGGGGUUCUGUCUGACUGUAGGUAGGGAGAAUGGCCUGGUUGGUUGCCGGGGCUACGGGGUCGUGUUCUUGUUUUGCUUGUGCAAUUUUAAAAGGUUGUGCCAAGCCUAGAUAUUUUAUUUAGUGAACUUGAUACGGACUAUAUGGAAUAGGUUAAGUCAAAUGCGUUUGGAUGGUUAAAUAAGCCAUUUGAAUGAGUUUGUGGCUCAUUAAAGGAGUUCAGUUUUUGUCACAAAUACACUAAUUAAAAUAUUUCCUGACUGAAUCACUUGCCUAAGAGUUAACAAAUGUACACAAGUUUAUGCCUUUAACAUGUGUGUGCAGCAAUUCUCUGGUCUUCAUAUAUGACCAGUUUCGAGGGGGCAUUUCCCUAUAACAUUUAUCUUGUUUUUUUUCUUUUAGUAUACUAUUAUAUGUCAUCUGGUAUCUAACUAAGCUCAUAUAUGCCUUUUAUUUGAGACACGCGUCUGCACCACGUCUAUGUUUUAGCCUCUUCAGACAUGUCCAUGGGAUCAUUUGCUUCUUCCUUCACCCCACACGCUUCUAAGCUCUUUCCUGUCCACACACUUCUCUUUCCCGUUAGUUCUAUAUUUACAUGUUGGUUAUUUGUGUACUGGCCUGCACUUUUAUUUGGGAGUUUUUGUUCUUCUUUGUGUGUCUACAAGUUAUGCUAUUAUGUGUGACUUUGGCUCUUGGUAGUAUUGUAUAACUUGUCUUAUUUCUUUCAAAAUUUGGUGGCCUGACUAAUCUAGAAAUGCUACCAUUAUAUUUUCUUCAUUAGCACUUUGCAUUCUUGAUGCGUGUGCCUCAAUUGCUUAUCACACCCCGAGGUUCCAAAGCCCCUUUGCACCUUGCACCCCUAUCAACUUAGGUGCCCAAUCGAUUAGGAAACUUGAAGGUUCACACCUCGCCACCUUAAGAAGUAUACUAAAAAAGUAGAGAUUGUUCUCAAAAGGCGCUAAAAUGAGAAAUUUAAUAUAGUGGAAGUGAUUCCAAGUUCCAAUUUUAAUUCCAAUGAUCCCCAGUUUACAAACCAGUCCAUCCUAAAUGUAAAUACUCCCUCCGUCCAGAAUUAAUCGUCCUAGGUUGACUUCACGGAGUUUAUGAAAAGUGCUGAAAAGUAAAAAAGUAGUGGUUGAAAUUUGAUUAGAGGAAAGAGAAAGAUUUGGACCACAUAUUCUUUACUUUGUUAGGAAAGUAAAGAAGUGAGACAAUUAUUUUGGGAUGGACUAAAAACAAAACUGAGACGAUUAAUUUGGGACAGAGGGAAUAUGUAACUAUCAGGUAAUAUUUAAUUAUGUACAGGUCGAUGGGUUGACCCGCGGUCUGUUGACCUCUGUCCCGCAUACACGGAUCCCGUAAGCUGAACUCCUUGGGUUGGGGUUUGCCUGUGAUCUUAUGUAAACCUUGUGGUGCAGGCUAACUAACAGAUUAAUAAUUCAUGCGCAUAUUUUUCAGCUGUCUCAAGGAAGUAUGAUGAGAGGCGGAAGAAGUCUAGUUUCUUCCAGACCAGCAUUCUCUAAUGAUGGGAAGAAGCUUCUUCUCUGCACUGCCAACUCUGUGUCUAUUUUCAGCACAUUCACUGGCUUACAGAUUGGUGAGCUGGAAGGUCAUACAGAUUUGGUGACAUCAGUAAUUGUUGUGCCAGGAACAACAUCGAGCAAAAUACUGUGCUAUUGUUGGACGGCAUCACUUGAUGGUACAAUUAGAUACUGGGAUUUUGCAGUCCCUGAUUUGAUGAAGACUAUUUCCAUUAAUGCGCCGAUCCAUUCCAUGGUACUUCCAGCACUAGCAUGUCAACUUAUAGAGGGUGCCGAAAGACCUUUGGAUCAUUUUGCUUAUAUUUCUUCUCAAGAUAUGAAACAAAAAGAUGAGCAAGUUCCUAAGUGGCAGAUAUUAAAAUGUAACAUAACAAAGUCUCGUCUGUGUGGUGGAGUAAUAUUGGCAAAGAGCAAAAGGCCACAAUUAAUCACUGUCAGCCCCAGUGGAAAGUAUUUAGGGUUCUGUGAAAAGCACAAAAUUAGAAUAUGGAAAGUGCCGGCAAAAGACUCUGAUCAUGCAGUACAUAAAACAAUCAGAUUGCAUCAUACCAAAGAGUUAAACACUCUAGCUUUUCAUCCAAAUAAAAGAAUUGUAGCUGCGGGAGAUGUUACAGGAAGAAUUUUAAUAUGGAAGCAUUUUGGAGAAAGAAUGUUUUCUGUUACUGAUAAGUUGGAAAAUGGAGAUGUUAUGGAUGCAGAGGAGAGACCGGGAGUGAGAGGUGAUGAUGAUGCUGAUUUGUGCACCACAUGGCAUUGGCAUUCUACAGUGGUGAAGGUCUUGUUUUUUUCUUCUGAUGGUGCCUAUCUCUACUCAGGUGGCAGAGAAGGUGUUCUUGUUGUCUGGCAGCUAGACACUGGAAGGAAAAAAUUUGCACGGUUUGGGAGUCCACUUAAAUAUUUUACCAUCUCGUCUGAUCCUUCAUUAGCCUCGGUUUCUUGUGCAGAUAACACUCUUCAUUUGCUAAAACUACCAUCUAUGGAAAUACUAAAGACCAUAUCAGGGAUCCAGUUUCCCAGUUCAGCCUUAAAGACAUAUAAUGGUUCAAGCUGUGAUGCUGCCCUUGACUCUACAGCUGGGAUAGUUGCCAUUUGCACAGAAAAUUGCUGCAUCCAACUCUUUAGCCUAGUAGAUGAUCGCGAAAUUUCACUGGUCCGAGUCUGUGAAAGAAAUCAUCAACCUGGUGAUGAAAUCACGGUCAUAGUAAAUAUGGUGGCUCUCUCUCUAGAUGGCUGUACCUUGGCUACCAUAGAGACUAGGCUUCAUGAAGAAGGAAUUGGAGGCCUCAUUAGUUUAAAGUUCUGGACAAGUGGCUCUGAAAGCAAAGGCUUCAGCUUGUCCACUGUUAUAUAUGAACCACACAGAGAUGCGGGAGUUUCUGCAAUUACCUUCCAUCCUGUAGGUAAAAUGGCCGUGAGCUCUUCAUAUGGUGCUGACUUUAAAAUCUGGGUUCGCAGCAGUGGUGUUCAACUUGAGGAUCCAAUAAUUAAUGGUGGAUGGACAUGCCAUGCUGUUGGUUCAUACAAAAACAAGCCAAUGACAGCUGCUGCAUUUUCUGCUGAUGGUUCUGUUCUGGCUGUUGCUGCCGAAAGAGUUAUUACUUUAUGGGAUCCAGACAGGAAUGUGCUUGUGGCUACAAUUGGAGAGAGUUUUGAGCCAAUUUCUUCUCUGUCUUUUAUUGGGAAGUCAGAAUAUCUAUUGUCCUCGUCAAAAGGCUGUAAUCCACAAUUGUCUGUUUGGAGUAUGUCAAAGAUGUCUACAUCUUGGUCAUGCAAAAUGCAUGCAGAAGGUGUAUCAUGUGCUAUGGAUGGUUUGUCUUUUGCCGUUCUUGCACUUCUUUGUGAUCCAGCUAGGAAUAAGGCUGCUUCCAAUGAAGCAUCAUUGAAUGGUGUGGAUGGGAUAAUUUUAUUGUAUAAUGUUGAAACUCCUCUUCCUUUGGCUACUUGGUUUGUGAAGAAGGCUCGAGGUGGAAGGAUUAGUUUUGUUCUUCCAACCGAUAAAUCAGAAGAUCUUACAGAUGGAAAACAGUUGCAUAUGCUAUGCUAUAUGAAUAGUGACCAUGAGUAUGUUCUCUUUGACCCGUACAGCGAGCAGCUGCACAAUCAAAAAAUUAUACAGAGACAGAGGCUUGUUCAGUCCAUGGAAGAAACCGGGAGAUUUGGAUAUGCAUCUAUUUAUGGGGAAUUGCCGGAGUUUGAUCUUAAGCCAAAUCAAACUUCACUAGUCUCAGCAACUCUACCAUCAGAAGGAAGGCCUUGGGAAACCAUAUUUAGCGGCCCAUCUCACGCUCUUCCUCCCCUUCCCAAAUUGUGUUCUUCAUUUAUCGAAUCUUUACUUGAAAGAAGGACCGCAGCUGUAGAGUGAGUGACCUCUCACCCGUAAUUUCAUCAGGGGAUCGAUCAAUCAGGCGUAGUAGUCUAUAAGUCGUUUGUGUGGAAUCCGGAUUCAUUUAGCACCAAUUUUUGUCCUGAAGUUUGGCUCGCUGUGUUGCUAUAUUUAGCAUUGUAUUUUAUUUAAUUUUUAUUGUGGAAGCAAAUCUGUAAUCCCAAAGAAACAACCAAAUCUUUUUUUGAAACAUUUUAAUGGAUCAUACCUUGCAUUUU